AUGUUUACAUGGCGGGCACUAUUUCCGGAACUUGUGCAAUUGUUUGCCGUUAAAAACACACUUUCAGCUAAUUUUAUGACUUAAACCUGUAUACAUAAGAUACCGGAAGUAAGCAGACGUUAUUCAGCUUCAGAGACAAAAGUUUCAAAUGGCGGAUCAGUCAGAAAAGGGAGCAAGCGGUGAUCAAGAGCCCAAUGUUGCAAGUCCGGAGAAUCAGGAGCGAGGAGCAGCGGACGGAGCUGAAUGCGCGGCGGGCGCAGACGGCGGCGAUGAUGGCAAUGAUUACGACGAUGACGAAGGGGCCUACACGCCGUGGCAGGACAUUCCACCAGGUUCAAAGUUCGAAUUUUUGGACCACACGGCAGAUGUACAACUACAUUCAUGGGGAGACACGUUAAAGGAAUCCUUUGAACAGGUUGCAAUGGCCAUGUUUGCCUACAUGACUGAAAUCAGUAAAGUGGAGAAACUGAAGACAGAAACCAUCGAAGCUGAAGGAGAUGACAUGCUGUCGUUACUCUACCACUUCCUAGACGAAUUCCUGUUUGUAUUUUCAGCAGACCCGUUCUUUAUUCCUAGGGAAAUAACCAUUGAUGAGUUCGAUUUAGAAAAUUUUAAAAUCAAGGCCACAGGACAUGGGGAAACAUUCGACCUUACAAAACACCCACAGGGGACAGAAGUCAAAGCAAUCACUUACUCCAACAUGCAGGUCCACAAAGAUAGUCCCAAGCACGAUGUCUACGUCAUCAUUGAUAUCUGAAGAGCUUUUGCUUAAACUAACUUGGGACAAUUUCAUUAAACCGCUAAAGCAUAGAAUUAUUUUAUUCAGCAAAAACAGAUCAGCCCAAAAUGCCAUUCCAUAGACUUUAUGCAUUAAAGGCGGAGUUAGAAGGCAACAGUCUAUCGCUUGGAUAGGCACGAGUAUUAAAACCUUUUGUGCGUUCACUAUGGGCUCCGUGCGCCAACAAAAGAGGGCGCGUUUUGACCACUUUUGAGAGCUCCGUGGACGGGACACACAGCGUGUGCGUGUACUGUACUGGUUCGUGCACAAACUACGCACGACUUCCUGAAUGUGCAAAAGCUAUUAGCCACAAUGUCUUCGCAUGAGCGUCAGAUGUCGUCGGCGCGCAAAUACAUUCCAACAGAAAUUGUGAUGGUCUCCCAGACUAAUCCCCGCCGCCAAUAACUUUGGAUCAUUAGAAAUACGCAGUGGAUGGACCGGGAACCAGUCUGGGUCUCCCCCAACUCUCCUUUUCUGGCCGUUGAAGGGGUACUUGUGCACGGAGCCCAUUGUGAAAUUAACAUAUUGAAGAACCCGCUCAGUGACAUCUGCAAUGUAUAAAGCACAUGUACAAUGUUUGGGAUUGGGACUGUUUUUCACAGUUGCAGGGAACUUAUAACUGGCUCCAAAAUUUUAAAUGGAAUUUCCCAUGUAUAAUGGUUAUGGUAAUAAGCCAGUUCGGUAUUCCAACUGCGCAUGUG